UUGUAUUAUUUGGCAGAUGUAUUGCUGCUCAAGAUUUGUGCUUGCACCCAAUUCACAGUAUUUUCUCAUUUUGUUUUUUUUCAGUGAGUCUUCUGAAAUACAGAUUUCAAAGGCGAAGGAGCUGCAGUCCACGUCAACGCUGGAGCAGUUCAUGGCCAAACUCUGCCUUCACCAUCAACAGCAGAUAGUGGAUGCCCUUGGCUUUCUCCAGACUGAAGUCAAGGCAUUGGCAUCGCAAGCUCCUUGCAAUAACUCGGAGAAGCAGGAAAACGCCCCUUCCGUCAUGACAUCAAGCCUUGGCACCUGUGAGAAAUCUAGCUCAGAACUAAGGCUUCCUAAUGUAUCCACUCAUGAUGCAAAAGGUAUGUCUCUAGUUAUUUCUGGUACUCCAACAACAUCAACAAGUAAGGAAGUUCCAGGGGAAGUGAUAUCGCUAAAAUCCAUUAAUCCCGACCCACCUUUAGAUCUUAACGCAUUGGGUUUGAGAAGUGCCACACCUCUAGUCAAUUCCACUCAAAAUACAGCGGACUCUGAAAACAACCGGGAUCAUGUUCCUCUCAAAAUGAAGAUAAUGAAGACCAACAAACUUGCAGAUGGGAAGAAGUUAUCAUGUGUGCUCACCACUUCUCUUCUAACACAGACCGACACUGUUGCAGACAGGCAGGCUAAUUCCGGCUGCAACCCCUCCAACAAAUCGGUCUCUCAGAGUGCUAGACUCAGCUCCCCUGUGAAGAGGCACAGCCAGCCUGCUCACCUGAACCGAGAUGGACAGCUGGACUCUCUUGGAAAAACCAAAGACACAUCGUCCAAAUUAUUUUCCCCUCAUAAAACCUCAAAUACACAUCACACGCCAGACACCCCUCGGACUGCCAGAAAGACCAUCCGGGACUCCCCUGACCACAGGCCGAGGAACUCCGGUUCUAGGGUUGUAAUAGACCCAGACCUCGGACAUUGUGACAUUGUGUAUAUCAACAAACCGAUUACAGAGUGUUUGAGGGAACAGCAUGGACACUUACCACCAAGGCGCAAUGCAAGGAAAAGCACCAGGGGGCACAUGUACGUGGAGGAAAUGUGGGAGCUUAAAACGGUCCGCACUUUGGCUGGACGGAAUGGAAGGAGAAGCUGUCCUAACCCAAUGCCCGAGAUCGUCACGUCGGUAACCCCGAAGCAGGCGCUCAUCAAGCCGGAUGGGGUACCGCCCGUAGAUAUGAUCUUUGUCGGAAGUAGGGGGGAAACUUGUCAACAAAUGCCCACUGAGCAGUCUGACGUGAGAGAGAUGCCAGAGACGGGACAUACGGAGGUAGGGGCAACUCAAUUGGAUCUUGUAGUUGAAACCAGUCAGACGGAUCAGAGAAAAAUAAACAAACCGGCAGCUUCUCAAUCUCCUUUGACUGCAUCAACAGAGAAUGGCGAUAAGGAAGCUGCCGAUGUAGUACAAGAGGCAACUGCAAAUUCAAUGCAUGCCACAGAAAGUGACCUCUCAAAAGAAAAGGCCCUCUCAAAAGAAAGUCAACUUCCAGAAGAGAGUGACCUUCCAGAAGAAGGUGACCAUGAAGAAUUUGACUUGCCUGAAGACAUUGACUUAGCGGAAGUUCAAAUGCUACCUAAACCAGUUGAAGAACUACAGAUGGUGAAUGAGGUCUUAAAUAAAUUGACUGAACAACAAAUACCAGAAUGCACAAUGGGUGAAGACGCAGAGCCAGUACUUUCAGAAAGCAUUUUGUCAGAGCAGCAACAAAUUGACACUUUGCCAUCAGUAGCUGAAGCCGAUGAGGAAGUGGUCAGGGAGAGUAGUGGGAACAUAGAGGGUGAGCAAACUCUGGAGCCAAAGCUAGAGGCAACAAAGCUUUCAGACAAUUUAGUUGCAGGACUUAAUUCUACAGCUGCUCCAGCAGAGAAAAUAUCCAAGGAGCAGCAGAGAAAGGUAAUUGCACAGAUUAAAAGUGAUGUAAAACAUUCAGUAUCAGGGGAUGAAGAUGAGGAAUAUGAUGUUUCCACAAAGUCACUACAGUCGCUGUUGAAAGAAUUGCCCCCUUGGCGCAGAAAAAAAGGGGCUGUGAUUCCUCUGCCAAAAAGGGUAAAAGAAACUCAGGGCGUUAUUGUAGGCUACGUAAAUGGACGGCCCAUAGCGGCUUCUGAUAGAAGUUUGCGACGGAGAUCAAGUUCUGCUCCGCCAACACCUACCAAAGCCACGGAAACACCAAGUCCUUCUGUUUCAGAACACAGUCCUCGAGCUAAACAUAUUCCGGAGACUAUCGCAGCUAUAACUUCAGAGGAUAGCUCUGUCGUUCCACAAGAAACGGAACAAGUUCCUGCAGUUCCGCUGACCCCAGUUAAACGUUAUAAACGGCUUUCAAAGUUUGCCAUAAAACGGCGCAAGAGGAGAUCAAAGGCCAAGGUCGAGCAUGAACAACAACAAACCGACGUUCCUGUUGUCCCUGAAAAUGCUUCUGACCAUCUUGCUGAUGAACCCGUUGGUAUCCCUGAACACACUCCAUCUCAACUGCCUCUCUGCUCAGCAAAUCAGCCACCUGAAACGACUGAAUCGCCGAUCACUCAAAGUGCUGUAACGUCUUCCUCGCCAACCCCAAGCUCUCCUGAUUCUAUUCGAUCUGCAGAUGUUGUCCAACCUCUCCCCGAGCUCCCUGACACCUCUGCUUCAUCUCCUUUGGUUGUGUCUCCUCCUUCACCCAUGGGCUCUGCCCUCCCUGUAGCUUCUGAACAAUCCCAAAAGUGUACUGAUUCUGAAAGUCCUGUUGAAUCGAGUAUUGCUUGUGGUGACUCAGCUGCAACAAGUGCUGAGGAAAUUCAAGAAACAACAAUGGAAAAUGUCUUACUGACCAAACAGAAGGAACCUAGAUCUGAGGAGGUUGUAGAUGGUAAGGCUGAGAAACCGAAUGUUUGCCAUCUGGUCUCCAGUCUAUUAGAAAGUCAGAGUGGCAUUAGCGAGGACCUUCAAAUGCAGACUAUUCCCUUGGCAAUUGAGAAGACUUUACAAAAAGAUGAAGCGGGUGAAUCGGAGGAAAAGCCUAACGGAUGUUUGUUAGUGGAUGAACCCUCCCUUGAGGAUUCCAACACCCCCUCAGUGGUAGAGAAGCCAGCAAGGAUGCCAUUAAGAAAUGAGAGUAGUAAGGCUGAAACGGCCAACCAGUCUUUAAGUCCACAGCCAGCUGAAGACCGGAAACUAGCUUUAAGAUCGCAAAGAACGGCCACAGCUUCCACCAGUGCUAUUGGCGUGGGAGGAAGACAAAAACAAAGGGCAUCUCCUAUUAGAAGGAAGUCAAUGAUGAUGUCAGGUAGCUUGCUGCAGCCAGGCCCAGCAACCCCUUUUGUUUUGCAACCUCGCGAUCCCCCUAAACAAGCUGUCCACAAACUCUUUGAGACUCUUAAUGGGGAAGAUAACCAUCACAUAAUUAACAACUUGAAUAUCAAGUUUGACCGGAUGCAGAAAGGAUGGAUCCAAAUGGACAAGGAGGGACAGCCAGCAACAAAAUAUAGAAAUAGAUCAGACAGACAGGCAGCUAUUUGGAAAAGUAAACGUAGGACAAGAAAACCAAAAUCUUCUGAGCAGCAUAAAUACUCACCGGUACAGAUGCUUUUCAUGAAAAACUUUAAUCUUACCAGUAUUUGUCAAUGGUACCUUGAGUCAACAGAGACCAAGUCUCUCGUCAUCAUUAAAAAGAUUAAUACACGUCUUCCAUCUGAAACCCAGCUCUGCUUCCACAGUUCCUGCACAAGUUCCUCCCAAGGAGUGUUCCCAAGCCUGCAGGCGGAGCGUCUGAAGAAACAUCUGAAGAAGUUUGCCAUUGCCUCCCCGAUAAAGAACAAUGCCAAGGGCCAAAAGCUCAUUGCCAAGGCCCUGGAGCAAGAGUCAAUCCGAGCUAAAGAUAGGAAAGAACUACCCACUGCAAACCAGGCUCUAACUAGGCCAAUCUCCGCACCUGCCAAAGGGCAGGUGCCGAUAGCUGAACCCCAUAAAGUUUCAGGUAAAUCCAAGAACCCAACUAGUGCAAGGAUUUUGCGAAAAUAUUCUAAUAUCAGGGAGAAAAUGCAGGUACAGCAAACUAGUAUUGGGCUAAAAGAGGCAACCAAAAGCUUAAAAUGCAGUACAUUGAAAAUGUUGACCCCAUCACAAUCUGACCCCAAGCCUGAUCUUAAAUCACCUCUCAAGAAACAGAAAUUGACCCUGCCUGCAGCUGCUCAAACAAGAGUGUAUAAGCCAACCGCUAGUAAUGCCAAGGCAAAUCCUGGUAGGAAAUCUACUGAAAAGCCCAGUGCCCCCGAGAGAACCGCCAAGAAUUCGGCCAGCAGUAGAGCACCAAGGGAUCCGGCGAAAGAAACCGUUUCACCACAAAGAUGUUCUCAAAGGCUAGGAAGCCCUAAAACAACAUCUACAAGCAAAGUUAUCUCGAACAAAAACCAGUUAGAAACAAAGAAAAAAGAUGUGGAAAAGUCUCCUUUGGUUAAGCAAAGUAGUUCAAAAUCCCAGACAAAGGAGCCUGCACCAAAAGGUGUUUCAGAAGGUGAAACUGUUGAGGCUGUGGUCGAAACUCCACAGCAAAUGGACUUGAAGCCUCCAGUCUCCCCUGAUCAGGUCUUGACAAGGUCCCAGAGAAAGAUGGAUGCUAUAAACGUGAGCCCCGCUUUGGAUAAUCCAUCAAAGUCAAGAAAAGGUCGGCCGCCUGCAUCUGUUUCCAAGAAUAAUACAGAUGCCGUGGUUACAAGGAGAGGCACUCUAAAAUCAGUUGGUAAAAAAGGUCUUGUGACUUCACCAUCACGCAGUGUAAGAAAAGCCACAAAAAGAUCCUCUGAAACUUUGGAGACCCCUGUGAAGCGCACAAGGAUGUCCGCUAAAAUAAAAGACUGUACCCCCUAACCCAUUCAUCCCCCAAAAAGUAUCUGCUAUUUUGUGUAAUAUAAUCCAACUGGUAAGAAGACACACGUUUCAGAAGAAGAAAAUGCCGAUAUCUUAAGAUAUUUCAGGAUGAAAGUGUCACUGUAUAUAUUUGAGGAUUCAAGGGUUUCACUUUGGUUUUUAAACACGUGUGUGGCUGGAGACCCCCCCCCCCCCCCCCCCCCACCCUGCGUGUUUAGCAAGCUGGUGUAGACAAAGCUUCCAGGUCUGUUAUUAAGGCUGAGCGAGGUGCUGGACUAUGGUAUGUCCGUGGGUUUGUGUUCACUGAGUGUGUUCACAGUGCAUCGGAUACAUGUUUCAACUCAAAAUACUUUUGCAGUUAAGUUCCACUAACCUGGCCUCCCUGGCCUGUCCGGUAAUCAGAGCUUCGUGAAUAUGUGACUUUUGUGGUCAGGUGCCUUAUUUAUAAAAACAAAACCUUGUUUGUGAUCGAAUUUUUUGCUGUGAAAACUUGUUUUUCGGACGAUUGCACAGUGUCCCGUGUCGGAGAGGGGGUUGAAUCAUGAGUAAGAUUCCUUUCAUUUGUGCAUAGAGUUGCUUUUCUACGCCUGCAUAGUGUACAGUAUACGCCUCCUCAUGCAUAAUAUGUAAUUUAAUUUGUCCAUUGAAGCAUUGGGAUUUAUGCGAUCAUUCUUUGUGUUUUUAUUAAGCUUCUCAUGUCCCCCAAAGCAUUAACAUCAUUAUCCUUCUUAUUGUGACAUGUAGAUUAUGAAGCAGACACUGGUCUGGUAAACAUCGAAGCAGGCUGGCUUCUAAGCAGGCAUUCUCUCUAACUUAAUUUAUGUUUGCUUAUUGAUAAAUGUACAUUUGGUUAUGCUUUUUGGGCUUUUUUAAAAUGGUGUUUAUGGUUGAUUUUAAUUAUCAAUUAUUUUCAUACUACCAUCCUCAUCGGAGAAUGUUAUAAAAUCAUCUUCCCAUCUAGGAAAGAGUUCUCAGAACUUUUUGUUGAAUCUUGUUUUUGUUGUUGAACGGAACCCCUGAAAGAUUAUACAUGUACAUUACAGUCACAAUGACUGAUCAUCUGGUCUUUUGGACAGUGGAUGAUUCACUAAUGGUUUGGAUAAUUAUAUAGAAAAUGUGUACGGAACGUCAAAAUCUGAGCAGAUACUCAUAAUGUUGGAUGGCCUUUUUGGUUCUGAAGUUCAACCGAUACUUGGUUAUGUUUCUCUCCCUGCACUGUGUCCAUGAAUCACCAUCAUUGUGGACACAUAUUUUUCUGCGUGUGAUCAUGGCACAGUCCUCAAUCAUACAACCCAGUAUGCCUCAAUACUUUUGACUUUUAAAAAAAAAAUCUUGCUGACUUGCUGGCAGACGUCUCAUAAUGUGAAGUUUCUGUACUUCUGCAAUAGUCAUUUACAUUGGUGUAUGAUCAGAGGAAAAAAACGACACAACUUUUUAGCACAGUGUUAUUUUUAUUAUGGUCAUUUCUUGGAGGAAGUAAGCAUUUGUAAAUGUAGAACCUUUAAUUCUUGUUUUUUGUUUUAUUGUUAUUUAAGUAACACUGAUCUAGGCAGAUGCAUCCCGUAGAUUCCCCAACAGUCAACCAAAUAGAUAACUUGAACAUGUUUUAUUCUUUACAGCUGUUAUUUAUAGAUCUGGAUUUUGUAUAUAUCAGAAAGAAAUGGCAAUGCUUUAUUUGUGGUUGCACCAAGAAUGAUACAUAUUUUAUGUUAAAACUGUAUUUUUGCUGGAUUUCAUAUAAAGAUUUUGAAUUUUUAUGUUUUGGUUUUUUUCAUGUGACUGCUGUGUGGAGGUUGAUGGUGCUCAUUGUUGAGAGGAUAUUGGUAUGCAAAGACUUAUAGUUCUAUUUGAAAUUAAACUGCAUGGUAAAAGACAUGUGUGACAAACCUUGGCUUUUUCCAAACAAGAUGGUACUACUCGUCUUGUUAAAAAUAAGAAUGAGGAUGCUAAUUCUCUCCAGGGAUUAGCUGUAUCUUAUUUACUGCACGUUGUUAACAUUAUAUUGUAUGUUACGUUGAUAUCUGCUAAAUGGAAAGACCAAGAUUGGCUAACCAUAUCGGCACUCCAGUACCCAACCGGUAACUAGGACAAUCUCAUUUAUCAGCGCAAUGAGUUCAUCGCAAUCAGCACAGUGGUUAGAGAGCUGGGGAAAGGUAUUUCUUUUUAGAUGUUUCCAGAAUUGUAGUUGAUUGCUCACUGCCUCGGCUGCAGAUUAAUGUUAAAAAAUACGUUCACCUAAUGAACUUGUGUUGUAAAAAUACAAUUCCUCCCUUCUGUCUUGGAAGAAAGGGCAGAAACUUUUGAGGGAUUUACUCCCAACCGUAUAAAGUGAAGUAUUGUAGCAUGUCUGGUGAGCAGGUGACCCAGAAAGAUAAAGCUGUUUGGGAAAGGAGGAAUAUGUGCGUAACCUAAAUACAUAUGUUGUAUAAGACAACACGAGUUGGGAUGCCCUACAAAGGCUUAAUGUGAAAACAGCUUAAAGAGGCACACAAAUAUUUAACUUUGAGAUUUAGAUAUAUAUUUUCACAUCUAUGGCACAACCAGAUUCAGCUAUGGUGAUCUUUCUUUUGAAUUCACAAAAGACCAAUUGACUAGACGCAGCUUGAUGUGGCUAAACAACCUUCAACUAAGUAAAAGUGGGCUGAAAUCUAUACCAGUUACUCAUCAUAGUAGUUUACUAUGAGUUUAAUAUGAUUAAAGGCAAGAAAUAUAUAUAUAUAUAUUCAGGAAUCAGAUGUAUCCUAGGUGAUGGGCAAAAAAUGCUGAGUACAAAAAGAAAAGCAUCUUAAAACGUAGACAACGUCCACGUUUGGGAGAUAUAAAGAACAAAUAUUUGUUUUUUCACACAUUUAGCAUUUUAGAUAUAUUUAUUUGAUGUAGAUGUAAAUUAGUUCUUUAUUUAAAUAAAUAACUAUUAAAGUUUAUUUUAGACACAUUUUAAAUUGAAAUUGGUUUAAGAUCAUUUAAAUUAUUUUUUUGGGAUAAAUAUGUUAUCUGUCUGACGGUUGCAUUGGAUAACAACUCAUGACUUCUGUUUGCUGCAAUUCUAAAUUAUUGUAAUUGAUUCAGUACUUUAGAUUAAGAUACUUGUUAAGCAAUGAAGUUAUUGUAGGACUACUCCACACACAACAUACACAAAACAAUUCAUGAGGCAAACGACAACGCAUUUAAAAGCACACACAUUAAAGUUUAAUGAAUGAAAAGAGUGGGGAUUUGGUAAACAUUUGUUGGUGGCACUACAUACAUUCAGCAUUAUUGGGAGUUUCUCAGUUCAAUUCCACCAUUAUACAAAAAAAAACAAAAAAACACUUGAUCGGCAGGGUGGUGCCCAACCAGAUAACAUAUCUUCGAUUUCGCACCAGUUCAUUACAACAGAUACAUUGUGCCUUUCUUUUUUAUUAUCAUUGACAAAUACAGUUCCCUAAGAUGGAAGAUAUAAACUUGGAGCUUCCGGUCGCCUGACCUGAAAACUGAAUUACAUCUCAACAUAGCACAAGUACCACUAAGAUGGCCACCGACAGUGGACACGUCUACUCUCACCAGUAGACCUCAGUGUAACAGGAAGAGUAGGGGUGGGGGGAGGAGACACAAAGGAUAAAGCCACACCCAACACAACGUGGACCUUCUCCCUUUGAAGAUGUACACAAUCUGAGGACGACAGUGACUGCUCAACCAGUAUCCUUCACUAGAUCCCCUCUGGAGCUAGGCCUAUUGUACACCACCGGCGUCACAUAAUAACCUAGUGUAAAAGCAAGCAGACAUUUUGGAAGAGGUUAUUCAGCGAAGCUUUCUGGAGUGGACAUCUAGGAAAGACCUUGAACUGGUUCAGAUCUGUUAGCUUUUCACACUUUAGGAAGAGAUUAGACAUUUAGGCCGGCGACUUGUAUGACCGUCCCUCCGCUUUCCUUAUGAUGAACCGCCAACGUACAGAAUAAAUUGCAAUUGAUGUAUCUUACAUUGGAAACUAAACAGCUAAUAGUUUAACCACUUUAUGAAUAAGCAUAGGUCAUAUUUAUACAUAUUUAUACAUUCAGGUGUAACUGUAUUGUUCACUUUAAAAUGGCACGCAUAUCUUUAAUUUGUGUAUCCUGUAGCCAGGUAAUGUUGAUAGAAAUACCAACAGACAGAGCCUCCUAACCUCUCAGUAGUUGGUUACAAGUUUUUUAAACAUUUAGCGGAUGACAAACCGAAUCCUUGAUCAAUGUCCCCGUGGCCAACUCAUAGUGCGUCUUAUUUCUACUGGCUUGACCAAAGCUUAUGAUCAGUUGAAUUCUGUCAAACAAAAAUGCCACAGUUUUAAAAGUUGAAAUGAUAGAAAUGCAACCCAAAUAAUAAGCAAAACAAAAAUAAAAAAACAAUCAAAAGAAUCUGGAGCCUAUAAAGUCUGUUUUCACGUGAGUUAUGGAAUUUCCUGUGGAAAUACAAAUCAAUGGAAAUGGGGCCACUUCUACCUUUAUUGAUAGCUCUGCCUCAGCAGCAAACAGGGAAUGUCUGAGCCAGACAAGGUGAAACACUGCAGUAAGUUACAAAUACCUUACAUUUAAUCCUCUUUUUUUUUUUUGCAAAAUUAUCUUUGUUUUGUAUUCCUUUUAACUUUUUUUCUUUUAAACUUUAUUGAAAAUAUCUGAAAGUCAGCAGCAUGAAUGCCUUUUACUUUCUACAGGAAAGAGCCUUUAGAUGAAAUAAAUAAAAUAAAAAACACUCACAGAAUUAGAUGUAAUAUUCACAUGGAAGACAACAUAUACAAUAUUAAACAUAUUUCUAAAUCAAUACUGCCUCCUACACAACAAGGCCAACCAAAUGUGUUUACUUAUUUAUUUUGGCCGAUUACUAAUUAGCUUGUUUGAGGAAAUGAAAUUAACAUAUAAAAACACCAUGGAACCAAAUAAUGCCAUUAAUAGUUCCAUAGCUUCCAAAAAACACAGACUCACUCCUUAAACAUAGAAAAAUACUAUACCAAAAUGAAAUACAAAUAUAUAUGUAUAUAUAUUAGAAUCUGUUAGGCAUUUUGUAUAAAGUGGUGGGGCUAAAGGAGUUAGGUUACAUCACAGAACAAAACAAAAAGUAACACAAAUCAAUAUAAGAGAUAACACAAAACAAAACAAAAUCUGCAAUCUUUUGCUUUGUAAUUACAUGAUAUUAAGAAGCUCUACAUAUUCAUUGUCAAACUCAUCUCCACACAUGCAACAGUUUGCACAAGUUUAAUACUGCAGGCAUGGGGGGGGGGGACUAGACUACCUCCUGCUUGGAAGGGGGGGCAGAUUAUGCAAAUCAUCCUAACCCUGAGGCAAUGCAUGCUGGGAAACUGAAUACCACCGGGCACUGGCCGCUCUGAUGGGUGUGGAGAUGAAAAGAUUUCAUUUGUGACAAAACCAAUCUGCGCACUGGAUGUGUGUGUGUGUGUGUGUGUGUGUGUGUGUGUGUGUGUGUGUGUGUGUGUGUGUGUGUGUGUGUGUGUGUGUGUGUGUGUGUGUGUGU